CGACGCAUUGUUUGUUUUGAAACAGCGGUUAACUAAAAUCAUGCAAGAUCCGACAAAUUUAGAAUAUAUGCAUUGUAUACUGCAAGCUCUGGAUGAUUCCAAGCAGAACAAAGAUGCAUUUGAGAAAGUCGCCAAACUACGUGUUGCAACAUCAGAACUAUUUGCAGAAGCGGUAGAAACCAAUGACGAGAAAUUCGCAUGUUCGCUGCUACAGCAACAUUUGGAUGCCUACCAGGAUGCCGUAAUAGACCCCGAUUCGGUUAAUAACUACUGUGACGAUGUGAUGACUUUGCUGGCCUCUCGAGCUGAAGAUGAUGAACACGAAGAUGGUGGGAUUAGGGAGAGCCUUCUGGGUGAUCCUCUAACUUAUUUAACCGAAGAAAGAGCCUGUCAAGGACAUUUCGAAGACUGUGCGAGUUGGGAGCCAGAUCAAUCAACGAUCGAUGUAUUGUUUCGACGCGAUAAAAAUGCGAGUGAAUUUACAGUGAAAAGUCCUCUUGAGCGGCGCGAGCAGCGACUUAUUGAGGUCCCCAAAACCAAGCAUACGAUUCUCUCUGGUAUAAGCAGAAUUGAUUCUACGCCAAUUGAACAAAUUUCCCGACGUGUGUUUGCACAGUCAGCGCCUAGUUUCCUCCCAAAACUGCCUAUUUCCAAAGAAAAUACUUCGCCAAGUGCAUCAAGAAAUUCGUCCAUAACGGAGGUUGCCUCCGAUGAACGAACCGUUAAUAAAGGAGAUGAUGCUUCAAGUAGCUUUCGAACGGCCAGAGAUGAGUUGCAUAUUCAAAAUAUUAAGAAAUAUGGAAAGGCAAAUGCAACGGAUAAGGCACCCUUGUUUGCUUACGGCAAGAAAACUCUUGGUGGGCGAAGAACGCUCGGGAGUAGGUAUGUUUGUCCGGUACGUAACGAAGAGUCGAGCGACUCUAAACAAUUUAGUUCGCCGACUUCAUCAAGUCACAGCCAGGAUAGUCCGGACCAAGAAAUAGACGAACGCUUGCGCCACAUCGACCCCAAAAUGGUCGAGUUGAUUCGAAGUGAAAUAAUGGACCAUUUUACUCCUCUCGUGUGGGAUGAUAUUGCUGGUUUGGAUUAUGCCAAAACAAUUAUUCAAGAAGCGGUUGUGUGGCCUAUUUUGAGACCAGAUAUUUUCACUGGACUGCGCAAACCUCCACGCGGUAUCCUUCUAUUUGGACCUCCCGGCACGGGAAAGACACUGAUUGGCAAAUGCAUUGCAUCACAAUCGAAAUCGACGUUCUUCAGCAUCAGCGCAUCUUCGCUGACGUCCAAAUGGAUUGGCGAUGGCGAAAAAAUGGUGCGAGCACUAUUUGCCGUUGCUUCCGUACAUCAGCCAGCUGUGGUAUUCAUCGACGAAAUUGAUUCUCUUUUGUGUCAACGAUCAGAAACUGAACAUGAAAGCUCGAGACGAUUGAAGACUGAAUUUCUGAUUCAGCUAGACGGUGCCGCGACGGCAGAAGAUGAACGUAUACUGAUUGUCGGUGCCACGAAUCGUCCUCAGGAACUGGAUGAGGCAGCUCGUCGCCGUCUUGUUAAAAGAUUGUACAUUCCCUUGCCGGAACUUUCCGCCAGGGUACAGAUACUAACCCGUUUGUUGAAUAAUGAGAGGAACUCUUUGACAGAGAAAGAGAUUAAUGAGAUUGGACUUUUGUCGGACGGAUUUUCCGGGGCUGACAUGAAAGUGUUAUGCCACGAAGCAUCAAUGGGGCCGAUUCGUUCGAUUCCCUUUGACCAGCUAGGUCACAUAGAGAAGGAUCAGGUACGUCCGGUUAACUAUGACGACUUCAAAUCGGCUUUAACCCGGGUCAGGGCCAGUGUAUCGCAGAAUGACUUAACGCAGUAUGUACAGUGGGAUCGGCUGUACGGAUCAGGCACAUGCUGUUGAAUAAUUUGUUGGUGAUGCCUUCUUUACUGAAUAUGUAUAUCUGUUCGAAGAAUACGGAUAAGUUCUUGUGGAAAUAAAAGCUAAAUUCUACAAUAUCUUCUUCUAUACACCCAUACCUCUCUUUACGACUUAGAUACGUUCCACGAAACUCGGCCGCAAAGCGAAAAGCCGUAUAUUGAAUCAAUUAUUCUGAU